AGCCGCUGUUGCAAAUUUGAAGGAGGAAGAAUAACGGUUAGAACACUCACAGUUUUCUAACAGUAGUGCCUGCCCAAGUGCGGCCUCGAUAGAUGACAGACCACCUUUCUGAGCGUUGUUGCCACCGUUAACACACGCCUUGCUCGCUGCACUAACACCUUCGCGAAGGCGAAGUUGACCAUCGGACCGCUAUGUCGGCCCCCUUGCCGUUUGAUGUCCUCUUCUGCACGAGCGAAGAUCCGCAGCAUCCCAUCUCGCAGCUCGCCGGGGGAGCCGCAGAUGCGAGGGCUGGGGACGCGUCUCUCACGGGGUGGCAGAGUGCGCGCAAUGGGAAGGUUCCACAGACCCUUGUCCUGCGCUUUCACGGCAAUGUCUGGCUGCAGCAGCUGCGCAUCCUAUCACAUGAGUCGAAGAUCGCCACAAAGGUCGAGGUGCGGGUUGCGAAGCUCGCAGACGACGACGACCGUGCAAACCCGCCGUCGUUCCGCAGUGUGCGCUUUGUGAAACUCGGCUCCGUCGAUUUUAAUAGCAAUGAGCAGUCGCAUUACAAAUCAAAGGAGCGCAAGACCGUGCACCUCAAGACGGAGGCGUAUUUUCUCAAGCUGCUGUUCGACCGCCCCUACAUCAACGCCCUCAAUACUGGCCAGCAAAUCGGUAUUUACUCGCUGGAGUGCAGUGGGCACGUUGUGGAUCCUGUGGAGAGACACGCCGAUGCACAGCCAAUCGUCGGUGGGUCAUCUCGGCCGGCCAGUAUAGCUUUCAAGCCACCGAAAGAGGGUCGAGCGUUCAGCACCGCCGUCACGGAGACACCGGCGGUGGCGCAGUCUUCAGAACGCGGCUCUAGUGUCCCUGCCACACCAUCUGAAGUUGCAGACGGUCACCCAUUGCAACCUCCCGGGCCCACGACGCAGCCCAUGAAGCUGGCGCUUUCGUCCAACGGCAGCGGGCCUUCGGAGAGCGUGCUAGGCGCUGCCUUUCGCUCUGUACGCAUUUUAGAAUUCGAAGACUUCUUCCUCCGCCGCUCUGAGGAGCUGGUUUCGUUAAAAGAGGAGGCGGUGGCGGUGGAGGACUUCGCUGUGGCAGCAGAGUGCAGAGACAAGUUGGCGCUGCUGAACAAACGAGCCAAGGAGGUUUACGAGCUCGAGCAAGACAAGGUGCAGGCCAUCAUCGACGAGAACUUUGAGGUGGCCCAACAGGUGAAGGUGCGCAUGAACGACUUGGUGGGGCAGCUGUUUACGACGACAGCGCUGCCUGUCCCCGCGGCGUCAGGCAAGUCACCGGACAGCGCGGCCGCCUCGGAGACGUCCGAUGAUGGAGCCUCGCACGCACCAGCAGCGCCGCCCGCGGAGGCACCGCCGCAUCGAAAUCCGCACGUGCAGCCGACGUCGCCGCUGAGCUCGUCCAGCAAAUCCGCAGACAACGCCAUCACGGACAAUGAGAGCGUCGUCAGCGAGGCGAUCGAGGCGACGGAGGAGACGCAGCGCGUGGUCGACGCAAGUGCCUUGUCCUCACCCGAGAGAAGCGUGGCGCGGGCCAUUCUCUCCACUGCUGGAAGCGAAGAGAGUACCUCGGUAGCGCUGUCGAGUCCGGGCUUUGAUAUUCAGCCUCUCAUCUCAGCAGUGGGCAUUUUUGCGGCGGCGUGUCUGCUCUCGCGGCGUUUCAAGCUGCGCGAGGCUGCACUGGUCGUCAUCACGGAGCGCCACGAUAUGUUCAGUGCCGCCCCCUCCUUGAUUGAAGAUGCCGUGUUGCGCUUCCUUGACCACAAUUCUUUCGGGCUGCAAGACCUGAUCCCCAACGUUGUCUUUGCGGCGUGCACUUUCAUACGCAUGACACUGGCCGAUGCAGCCGGCUGCAUCGGCAGUGUCUUGGCGCCGCUCGUGGCGCUGCUGCCGCGUCUUCUCACCCGCUGCAGCGACAACCUCCAGCGCAUCCGCGACGAGGCCCUGACGACGCUGACGCUCUACGUCAAGACGCCGGCCAUCCCGGCCAACUCUGUUCUCUCCGCCACAUUGAUGGAGCCGAUGGACAAGGAACGGCGAAAGCUGCCCUUCACCAACGCCAAGGCACAACUUUCACGUCUGAACCUCUUUCAGCUUGUCGUGGAACACGACCGCCUGCAUUUGGAAGGCAAUGCAGCUCUCUCCGGCAAUGUACUGCAGAAGUUGUUGUUGCCGACGGUGAACCACCCCAACCCGGAAGUGCGUGACCUGGCUGUUUCCAUUCUGGGAAAACUGGUUGCGGCGCGACAGAUUACGCUGCGCGACAAGGACCUUGCUUUAAUUAGAAACGGCGGAAUUCGUGACGGCAUUGCGAGUAAAAGAGCAUAG